CAUUUUGUAUAUUCACUUGCAACUUUUGCAUGUUGGAGCAUUAAAGAAAAUGUCAGCAUUAUUACAUGAUUUCAGUAUUUCUUCUUUUCUGCUUAUCUUAGUCCUCUGCUCUCUAGUACAAAUCAUUGAAGCACAAGGUUACAGUCGUCUUCUUCCUCAACAAGAAAAGAAUGCUCUGAAAGAAAUAGCAGAGCAGUUGGGUAAAAAGGACUGGGAUUUUGAAGUGAAUCCUUGUAAUGGCAGCACAGAUUGGAUUACACCAAUAACUGACAAGAAAUCGAAGUAUAUCAACAAUGUAACCUGCAUCUGCUCUACCCCUGAUAGUUUCUGUCAUGUACAAACCAUAUUACUCAAAGGACAAGAUCUUGCAGGUGUUCUCCCUCCCUCCCUGAUCAAGUUACCUUAUCUCACGAAAAUUGAUGUCUCGCGCAACUAUUUGAGUGGUACUAUUCCCCCUGAAUGGGCAUCUAUCAAACUGGAAUAUAUGUCUGUUAUGGUGAAUCGACUCUCUGGGCCGAUUCCUAAAUACUUGGGAAACAUGACUACACUACUUUAUAUGAGUUUGGAAAAUAACAUGUUUGAUGGAACUAUUCCAAAAGAACUCGGAAACAUGGUUAAUCUGCAGACCCUGUAAGUUGCCCGAGGAAGUCAAUAAACUCACAAAAUUAACAGAACUUAGGCUGAGCGGUAACAACUUCACUGGAAUACUUCCUAGCUUUGAGAGUUUGAAAAACCUUAUGGAAUU